AUGGGAACCCAUACCACGUCUGCGCUUCUCGUCAUCGUGCUGCUUGCCCAAGCAUGCCGGGGCCAGCAGGGCGGCCCCGACUCAGAUCCUUACGUGCCUGCUUAUACCGAGUGUCCUGAGAACUUGAUCGUGAGAAAUGCUUCCGAAGGCCUAUCGCCCCAGGAAGAAUCCUGGCGCAGCACGAGGGGCAAGCAGGUUAUGACGGGCUUGCACGACUACCUCAAUGUUGCCAACAUAUCGGGCUUUGACGUACAAGGUUUCAUGGUGAAACUCAAUGAAAGCACGGUGCCCAUCGUCGGCAUGUCCAUUUCUGGUGGCGGGACGCAGUCGGGCAUCGGCGGUCUUGGUAUCUGGCAAGCCUACGACGCUCGGUAUCCUGCAGCGGUCGCGGCCGGCACGGGAGGGUUAACACAGAUCCUCUCUUACAUCACCGGGUUGAGCGGCGGCGGCGCUGUCACGGUGAGCCUCAUCGCGGCGAAUAAUUUCGCCACCUUUGAGGACAUCCGAAGCGCCGCCAACUUCUCGGCGCCUUACGAUGUCGGGCCCACUGGCAACGAGACGGAGUUCUUCAACAACAUCUUCGAAAAUGCAGGCGCAAAAGCCGAGCUGGGAUUCCCCGUCUCCGUCGCCGACACGUUUGGCCAGUUCUGGGCGACAUGGCUGCCGGAAAACUCGACUGUCACCAACUACUCCGAUCUUGCAUCCAAAGACACUGCGCUGGCCGUGGGAGCUGGACCCAUGCCGAUUAUCACUCUCGCCGAAGUCGUACCUGGCCAGUCUCCCGAAAUCGGCAAGAUCCUGUACCCUGGGCGGAACGACACCAAUGGCUUUACCUUGACGUCCUACGAAAUAACGCCUUUCGAGCUCGGCAGCUGGCUCGGCGGCCGCGUGCAGGGUUUCGUGCCGACGCAAUGGCUGGGCACCAGUAUGGGCAACGGAACCGCUCAAAACAGCAGGCAAUGCGUCGCCGGGUUCGACAAGUUCAGCCUCGUCCAAGGGUCGACGACGAAUGCGUUUUGCGCGUGGUUCAUAGACGACUUUUACGGGUUGCCCAUCUUCGCGAAGACAGCCCUUUCUACGCGACAGCAACGCUCCAGCGAGACGGACGACAUCCCCAUCCCGCAAGGCCAGGAGCAAAGCCCCCUCGUGCAGAUCGUAAACGAGACGGCGUCCAAUUUUAAGCAGACGUUCAACCAGUCGCUGUGGGCGACCUACCCUAACCCGUUCCAGGGCUACAGCGAUGCGAUGGGCAACGCGUCCCAGCUGUUGCUAGUGGACGGGAGCCUCACGGGUGAGAACAAUCCGAUUCGACCCCUCAUCAUACCAGAUCGUCAAGUGGACUUUAUCAUUGUCUACGAGGCUUCCUCCGAGGGCACGUACGCAUGGGUCAACGGCACAAGCUUGCAGAAUACCGCACGCUCCGCUUCACAAGGCGGCAUUCCAUUCCCCAAGAUCCCCAAGGUGGAAACAAUGAUUACGAGAAACUUCACCAGCCAGCCCACCUUCUUCGGCUGCAAUGCGACGACGGAAGACGGGCCGCUAGUGCUGUACCUACCGAACUCGCCUUGGACGAGCUUCUCGAAUUUCUCCUACCAAAAGUCAUCGUUUACAGACCAACAGCUCGACGCCACGAUCGACAAUGCUUUCCAACUGGCGACGUACGGCAACGGCAGCUUUGACGCCGAGCGUCGACCUACCGGAACAGUGUACUCGAUGUUUCCGCCGACACUGUUGGGACGGGCAGGAAAGUGA